UAGGACGAAACAUGCGUUCUGGAUUCCACUGCUAACCACUAUCCAUGUUUUCUUAGAAUAUUUUUUUUGAUUGACUAUGAAUUGAUUGCAAAUUCAUUGUGGCCUUUUUUAAAGUUUGUCCUUGUACUUAUACUCUUUACCGUAGUUAUUAAACUAGAAACUUUAGUCAUAUCAUUUCUAGUAGAAAAAAUAUCAUAAAACAAUUCAUUUGAAUCAAUAAUCGUGUUUACUGACUUCGAUGCUUCAGUUUUUUUUCUGUGCAUUUAAAAAUUAAAUUUGAUACCACAUGACUACUAAAUAUUGUCGUCAUUUAAGAUAUACAAUUAUUAAUCCUGUAAUUUAUAAUCAUGGCAAAACUAAGAGAUGAUAAUAAUUUGACUAGUUGGCAACGUGAAUCAAUUGAAGCUAGACCAUCAUGGAAAACCUGGAAGCAUUGGACGACCCCUUCUGAUAAUAAUAAUAAUAAUAAUAAUAAUAAUAAUAAUAAUAAUAAUAAUAAUAAUUCGACUGUAAUAUUAGAGUCAUAUACAAAAUUGAGAAUGACAGAUCUGUACCUGUGCCAAUUACCUGUUUAA